AUGACCGCGCGGCAGCGAGCCAAAUGGGAGGAUCUCUGGUGGCUGGUGCAGCAGCCGGAGGCACCAAUAGAGGUAGAGGAGACACUCCAGCCAUGGAUCAUGCGGCCACGCGAGCAGGCAUACUUGGAGUUCUGCGUGGAGCUGCUGAACCAGCGCCAUCGCACCCACGAGUAUAAAAAUGUGCUGGUGUGCGCCAGGGCCGUUCUAGACCGCAGCGAGACGGGGUGGCAUGGCGCCGAUAGCUAUCCGCCCAUCUUGUCGCGGGUCAUCAAGAUUGCACGGUUUGUGGUUGUGCAGAAGGCGCUCUGGCUAGAUCCUAUGGUUAUAUCAAUCAUCCGGAUGUGGCAGAAGGAGCAGACCGUCACGCGGUUUAAAGAGAAGCUCGCGGUACUUAUCCAUAUUAGCAGCGGACAACCGGCACGGAGCCCCGAGCUAAUCAGCAUCCAGCAUCAGAAUACCGAAACCAACGUCCGUCGUAAUAUAUUUAUCGAGGAUGGGAUAGUAGCAUUCGUCACUGCAUACCAUAAGGGAUUUUAUGCGAGUAAUGAUAUCAAGCUAAUCCACCGGCCCACGGCCCCCGGGCCCAGACAACCCCCCCGGCGGCCCCCCCCGGUCACUGCACACACCCGGGCAUUGCUCUGGGGCCCCGAUCCCGGCACCCAGCGGGGCUGGUCGUCCGACAGAUUGCGUGAGAUACUCAAGCGGGAGACAUAUGAGCGGCUCGGGAAGCAGGCCAUCAAUCUGCAUGCAUACCGCGAUAUUGUCAUUGGGAUCAGCCGGCGGUUCCUGCGGCCGAGCAGCCAGUUCCCCCAUAAUAAGCAGGAGACGAGAGACCAGGCAGCAACCAUACUAGAUGCCGAUAAUGAGGACAGCAUAGAUGCCGAGCAGUGGAUGGGCCAUAUUGCUGAUCUCCAGGCGGCCCAUUCAUCUCACGUAGCCGGAAUGAUUUAUGGCCGGAAUAUUAUGGAGCAGGCUGGUACCACGGCUCACCGGAAAGAGAUGUUCCGUUUAUCCAGUACCGACUGGUACCGGUUCCUGCAGUUUGCGUCGGCGGAGGCAAUAGAGCCCCCCACGGCACUCGGAAAACGCAAACGGGCGCCAUGGGAGGAGGCAGCCGCAGAGCAACAGAUCUGGCGGCGUUACCGGUUUCAGCAAGCUGACAUGGCCGCCGCCGCGCAGCGUAUGGUACAGAAGGAGAUCCAGCUCCGGGGGGUACAGGGUCCCGCACUGCGUGCCAUUCAGGACGGGGAGAGCCCGGUGGUAGCCGUAAUGCCCACGGGAGGUGGAAAAAGCAUGCUGUUUAUGCUCCCGGCAUGGGUGGAGCCCGGGGGGACGACUGUCGUGAUAAUUCCUCUACUGGCACUGCGGCAGGACUUUCAGCGGUGGUGCCAGCAACUAGGCAUCUCGUGUGUUGCAUGGGAGAGCCGGCGACCCCCCGAUGAGGCAUCCAUUGUACUAGUGACACCCGAAUCGGCUGUUACCCCCGAUCUCCAGUCAUUUUUGAACCGGCUCCGGUUGGUCCAGCGACUGGACCGGAUCAUUAUUGAUGAAUGCCAUGUUAUGCUGCCUGAAGAAACGGAUUUCCGGCCCGCGAUGCAGCAGCUUGGCCGGCUAGUGACUGCCCGCACGCAGAUGGUAUUGUUAACUGCCACAUUGCUACCGAUACUGGAAGAUCGGCUAUUUCAGCGGAUUGAAUAUGCCCGCGAAGAUAUCCGCGUAUUCCGGGCCCUGACAACGCGGACCAACAUCCGAUACCAGGUAUGGCGGCCAGAGGUAGGGAAUAUCGGGCGAGGGCCGCAUGCAUGGCUGCAGGUGGAACCCGUGGAAACAUUCAUUCAGCAGCGAAUCGCGGAGGCCACCACGGCAGGCGCAUACUACAGUCAGGGAAUCGACCGGCCGGGGGUGUUGCAGCGAUUUAUAGACGGGAUCAGCCCCGUAAUCGCUGCCACAAGUGCAUUAGGAAUGGGGGUAGAUAUCCCCGAUAUCCGGUGUAUCAUCCACCUGGGCACACCGCGGACGUUACUGGAUUAUGCCCAGGAGAGCGGGCGUGCGGGCCGGGAUGGCCAGACAAGCCAGGCCAUCAUCAUUCAGCCAGCCGGGUGGGAUGAGCCCGCCAUCUGGAUGCAGGAUGUGCCCGCAGUCGACCAGCAGUUGAGAAAAUUCUGA